ACAAGCCACUAGCCCACAGUGACAUUACAGGUGCAUCUCAGCGCCUUGUCAAGCUCUGCUUAUUAUUCCGGCGCCUCCCAUUGUUUUCACUGUAUCGUUUAUCAACCGGAGGGAGCGUCGUUUCAGGUCCCUUGUUAUACUGUAUCUUGUAUAUAAGUCGCCUGGUAGCAUUCAUUCAUCAUGGCGACGACUACUGAGGGCCAGUUCAAGGUCGGCGAUGCGAGCUUCUACACAAAGACAUGGACGCCGACGAACCCCGUGGUAGCCAAGGUCAUCUUCGUCCACGGCUUCAGCGAGCACAUCAACCGCUACAAUGACUUCUUCGCCAAGCUCGCCGAGCACGGCAUCCAGGUCUUUGCAUGGGACCAGCGCGGCUGGGGCCGCAGCGUGACGAAGCCCGCCGAGAAGGGCCUCACGGGGCCGACGGCGCGGGUCGUGGCCGACGUGGCCGCCUUUAUCCAGGACAAGCUGCCCUCGGACGUGCCUGUCUUCGUCAUGGGCCACUCCAUGGGCGGCGGCGAGGUCCUCACGCUGGCGGGGGACGCGCAGUACAAGCAGCUGGUGGGCCAGAUCCGCGGCUGGGUGCUCGAGGCGCCCUUCAUCGGCUUCUCGCCCACCGAGGUGCCCAGCUCGCUCAAGGUGUUUGUCGGGAGACUGGUCGGACGCCUGUUGCCGCGGCAGCAGCUCAAGCAUGUGGUGCCUCCGGAGCAUCUGAGCCGCGACCCGCAGGUGGUUGAGUCGAUUAGGAACGAUGCGCUGUGCCACAACACGGGCACGCUGGAGGGCUUGGCGGCGUUGCUGGAUCGGACGGCGACGCUGGCAGGCGGAGGCGUCAAGUUGGGGGCCGAUGUGCGUUCGCUGUUUUUGACGCAUGGCACCAAUGACUUGACGUGCAGUUAUGAUGCGGCUGUCAAGUUUGUGAAUGGGCAGACGGCUGUUGAGGAUAAGGAGACCAAGUCUUACGAGGGCGGGUAUCAUCAGCUUCAUGCGGAUCUGUGCAAGGACGAGUUCACAAAGGAUGUGAUUGAUUGGAUAGUGAAGCGAUCCAAGAUAGAGCCCAAGCUGUAAGGGGUGGGCGGUUUGGAAAUGGGUCGUGCUGUCGCGAAGCUUGCAUCAAGGCGUUUUAUUAUAUUACAUUUAAUCUCACAUUUUAAUUCAGG